AUGCCAUUCAAGCGACCUUUGGGAGAGCGUAUCGAGAAUCAAACUUUGCCAAAUUUUAUCAGGCCACUUCAAAACAAACGUGUGGUAGUAGGUCAGAAUGUCCUGCUGGAAUGUCAAGUCGAAGGUCAUCCAGAUCCUGUCGUGAAGUGGCUCAAAGAUGAUCACGAUGUAACACAAUGUCCAGAUUACCAGACUCCAACGUGCACAUAUUCUGAUUUUAUUUUCUCAGCUCGAUAG